AAGCAAAAAAUCACAACUUAGCAAAAGGAAAUAGAAAAGGAAAGAACCAAAUUUUUUUGAUUAAAAUGGCGACUAUGCUUACCGGCGGAGUGGGGGUGGCAGCGGUCGUUCCUCGUCGUACUUCUCGAAUUCCGGUGAUGUCCUCGUCGGAGACACGUGUCAGCGUAGAUACAGCAGAUUGGGUGAAAGCCACUUCCAGCUUCUUUGACCAGGAUUCCCGCCCAAUCAUGCUCUUUGACGGUGUUUGCAACCUAUGCAAUGGUGGUGUGAAGUUUGUUCGUGACAAUGACCGCAAUAGGAAAAUCAGAUAUGAAGCUCUACAAAGUGAAGCAGGAAAGAAUUUGUUAAGGAGAUCAGGAAGAGCUCCUGAUGAUAUAUCAAGUGUUGUCCUUGUUGAAAAAGAGAGAUCUUACAUCAAGUCUGAAGCUGUAUUAAAGAUCAUGGAAUACAUAAAUUUACCAUUCCCACAGAUGGCAUUCUUCCUGAAACUUUUACCUUUGCUCGUUCGUGAUUUUGCAUACGACAAUUUAGCAAACAACCGUUACAACAUUUUUGGUAAGUCAGAGUCGUGCGAGAUUUAUUUAGAUCAGUGAAUGUCAUCAAUUUCUUCCUUGAGAAUUUCGUACAUCUAAUCCUGAUACAUGUAUAUAGUACAGUACUAGAUUAGAUCCCGUGCACGCACGGAUUUUGAUCAUUUUUUUUUCACAAAAUAUUUAAAUGAAUAUCUCCCAAACUACUGCGUAGUUAUAACAUUUUUAACAUACUCGUUUAAAUUAAUUCAUAUAAUAUGCAUAUUUAAAAUGCUAAUAUGGUAAUUUGACUAAAAUAUUGAUUGAUAUAUUUUUUACUAUUACUAUAGCGAUUUGACUAAAAUAUUACCAAUUUAGAAUAAAUAUUAUUACGUCGUAUCUAUUAUUGCCAUAAUUUAUAAACUAAAUUUUGUUACCAUUCAUAAAUUGCUUAUGAAAAAGGUAGAGAAUAAAAAUAAAAUAAAACAGAUACAUGUUUUUUGGGAAAGUGGUUUUGGCGGGAAAAAAUCGCACCAGGAAUUGACACGUGUCAUUCCUGGUGUCUCUUUUAGUAUAUAGUAAUAGUGUUACAUUGUCAUGCUCAGAAUGCAUUUAGAUGGUAUAUUUCUACAAUUUGCACCAGUGUAGGUAUUGCUAUGUGAAAAUUGAUGAAGCGCUUUGCUUAGCUUUCUGACUGAAAUUGAACCUUUUACUUAAUAAGGGACUAAAGGAGGAUAUUAUUAGAUAAGUCAUUGUAAAUAUAUACACAAAGAGGUAUUUACAACUUUCUUGAACGCAUUAAUUAGCUGAAAGUUUUGAGGAACAGAACAUGAUUUCUUGUUCUUGUUAACAACCAAUGAAAAACUACAAAAUCACGAAAAACAAAUACUUCGUGCAAAGAACUGCUUAUGGUUCUGAAACCAAUAAAUGAACAGAACACAGAGAAACUUAAAAGGAUAGGGUUAAACUAGAGGAAGGAAAAGAAUGAAACAACAUUGAUGCAGGCAAACUCAACAGUAAAAAAAGUUCUGAUGUUGAUAAAAGCUUGUAAGAAUCUGGAUUUUCUUUGUCGGUGGUGAUCCAGUUAGGUUUAUUUCAGUGUAGAACAUCAAUAAGUUUCUGAUGGUUGAUGUUGUGAAAAACAGAAUUAUUCUAAUAACCUAAAGCUAUUCUGAUUUCUGGUCUCCAUUGAUUUAAAUAGCUCAAUAAACCCAUAUGCAUAC